UAUCCCUGCAGUGCGCAGCGCGGGAGCGGAUCGGACCGUGCCGCCGAUCGUACGCGCAUUGCGGCUUAACACGGGCGAAACUGGUCCCUAUCAGCGGUCAAAAGUACUCCUAGCUGGAAUAGGUCUUGUGGUGGAGAAUAAAGCUGAACAGUACCGUAUCAUGCCGGGUCUGGACGCUGCAUUGCAACCCACUGCUGCGGACAUCUGCGCUCUCCAUCGGUACAAUAUGAGGGAAUAUAUUCUGCGAGUCGUGGUUCAUUCAGAAUCAGCGAGAACCAUAGUUGGCCGUGCCGGGUGGACUCUCGUUGCGAUCCACGAUACUGAGGGUCCAAAGGGGCUAGCGGGGUUGGCUGCGUGUGAAGGAGCAUCGGAGGGAGCGUCGGAGGAGCGCAGGCCGCUGUUCACACGGCUUUCAUUUCCAUCAUCCUGCUCCUCUUCCGCUUCUUCCUCCUUUACUCACAAACAACCUCGCCUCCGCACCUUCAGUCCAGAGCAAGCGCCCACCCACCAAACCAGCGACCUGCUCGGUUGCCUCUUCACGUCUGCGACCUCUGCCUCUCCUCAAACCAGCAGGUCCUCUCUUGACGAACAACUGCCCCAGCUCUUGACUUGACCGAUCUGCUUUACCAUCUUGCAUAGCCCACGCGACGUACGUAUCUCUACAGUGACCUGAGCAUAACCCGAGAGCAAGAGCCCUUCAAGACAGCGAUCCACUCUUGCGGUUCCCGCAUCUACUUUUCCAUCAGCGCGGAUCUUCUGUUCGA